AUGGAUGGGGACCCAGUGAAAGUGAAGGAGGAGGUUAUCGCAGAGAAUAGCUCGAUUCCUUCAUGCCUGCUUGCUCCUGCGGAUCAGAUCGGGAAACCGAUCAAGACUGUCAAAGAUAAGUGGAGGCUCUUACCGGCGUUUCUCAAGGUUCGAGGUCUGACAAAGCAGCAGAUAGAUUCCUUCAACUACUUUCUCAACGUUGAUAUGAAACUCAUUCUGAAGGCCAACAACAAGAUCACCUGUGACGCCGAUCCCGGCUGGUACCUUGAGUACAAGGACAUCCGUGUUGGUCCUCCCAAUGUCGAUGCCUUCUGUGACAGGCCCGCAGGUGUCAACGAAGGGAUCACGCCGCAGCAGUGCCGCCUGCGGGACAUGACGUACUACGCUCAGAUCCUGGUGGACAUCGAGUACACGCGCGAUCAGGCUGGAGGAGGAGGAAAGAAGGAGCGAGUGCGGAAGGACAACCACCCGAUAGGCAGGAUGCCAAUAAUGCUCCGAUGCUCCCACUGCGUGCUCAAUGGCAAGUCAGAGACGGAGAUGUCGGCCAUGGGAGAGUGUCCGCUGGAUCCUGGAGGAUACUUCGUGGUCAGAGGGACGGAGAAGGUGAUUCUGAUCCAGGAGCAGCUGUCCAAGAAUCGUAUCAUCAUAGAGCGAGACGCGAAGGGCCAGCCAUCUGCCUCCGUCACUUCGUCGACAGCCAAGACCAAGACCAAGACCAACAUCACCAUCAAGAACGGACGGUUCCAGCUGAAGCACAACUCUUUCACCGACAGCAUCCCCAUCGUCAUCGCCCUGAAGGCUAUGGGCUUGACCUCCGAUCAAGAGAUCAUUCAGCUGGUGGGCUCAGAAGCCUUGUUUGCAGACGAUCUCGCGGCUUCUCUUGAGGUCUGUGCGACUGAGAUACGUCCACAGGCGCUUGACUACAUAGGAAAUAAGAUUAAGCCAACCAAGUUUGCUAGACGGCAGCAGUCCACGAAAGCGGAAGAGGCUCGAGAGAAGCUAGCGACAGUUGUGGUUUCGCACGUGCCAGUGGUGAAGUACGAUUUCCGAGCAAAGGCGAUCUACAUCUGUUUGAUGCUUCGCCGCAUCAUCCAAGCAAUGCACGACGAGACUGUGAUGGACGACAAGGAUUACUACGGCAACAAGAGGUUGGAGCUUGCUGGUCAGACCAUGUCCCUUCUCUUCGAAGAUGUGUUCAAGAGCUUCAACAGCGACGUGCAGAAAAUCGCGCAGAAGCAGCUGGAAAAACCUUCUCGGACCACCACUUUCGACGUCCUCAAGUACCUUCCUCCCACCAAGAUCACUUCGGCCCUCGUCAAUGCUAUUAGCACGGGCAACUGGAACCUCCGGAGGUUCGGGAUGGAGCGCCAGGGAGUAACGCAAGUUCUCUCGCGCCUCUCCUACAUCGCGGCGCUCGGAAUGAUCACCCGCGUGCAGAGUCAGUUCGAGAAGACGAGAAAGGUCAGCGGGCCCCGCGCCCUGCAGCCCUCUCAGUGGGGGAUGUUGUGCCCGGCUGACACGCCCGAGGGAGAAUCUUGCGGCCUUGUCAAGAACUUGUCGCUCAUGACGCACGUCACGACUGAUGACGACGAGCUUCCUAUCGAGCUUCUCUGCUAUGAUCUCGGUGUUGAGGACCUCGGAAUCCUCUCGGGGGAGGAGGCGACGCUGGGGAACGUGUACCUGGUGUUCCUCAACGGUCUUCUUCUCGGCCUCCACCGCGCGCCCAAGAACUUCGUGCAGCUCCUGCGAGCGAUGAGGAGGAGAGGUCGCCUGGGGGAGUUUGUGUCCAUCUACUCCAACGCCCGGCAGCGCACUGUGCACAUCUCGUGCGAUGGGGGGCGCGUCUGCCGUCCUCUGAUCAUCGUCAAGAACGGCAGGUCGUUCGUCACUGACCAGCACAUCAAGGAGGUUCUCAGCAACUGCCGGACGUUCUCCGACUUCCUCAAGGAAGGGCUGAUUGAGUACCUCGAUGUGAACGAGGAGAACGACUCGCUCAUCGCCCUCUACGAGCAUGGCAUCGGCCCCAAGACCACUCAUCUCGAGAUCGACCCCUUGACCGUCAUGGGAGCCUGCGCAGGUCUCAUCCCGAACCCCCACCACAACCAGUCGCCUCGCAACACCUACCAGUGCGCCAUGGGCAAGCAGGCAAUCGGAGCCAUCGCAUACAACCAGCUUCAGAGGAUAGACACGCUCCUCUACCUCCUUGUCUACCCCCAGAGGCCCCUAGCUCAGACAAAGACCAUCGAGUUCAUCAACUUCCAUCGCAUCCCCGCAGGUCAGAACGCCACAGUGGCGGUCAUGAGCUACACAGGCUACGAUAUCGAGGACGCUGUUGUGCUCAACCGCUCUGCCGUUGAUCGAGGGUUCGGCCGGACGAUCGUGCUCAAGAAGUCAACAACCUCCCUCAAGCGCUAUUCCAAUGCGGCCGAGGAUCGCAUCACCUACCCGCAGUCAGGAGGAAACGAGCGACUGGCGUUGAGGACGGCAAACUUAGACAGGGACGGGAUCGUGGGGGUGGGCAGCAAGGUGUCGCAGGGUCAGAUCCUUGUCAACAAGAUGGUGCCCAAGGACAUCAGCACCGUUAUCAACAACCCCGACGAGCUGCGAGAGGACGCGUUCAAGAGCGCUCCUCUCGUGUACAAGGACAAGGCAGACGGCUACGUCGACCAGGUGCUCCUGACUUCCAACCACGACGAGCACUUCCUGGUGAAAGUUCUCAUGAGGACAACUCGCCGCCCUGAACUCGGCGACAAGUUCUCCUCCAGGCACGGGCAGAAGGGAGUGACAGGCAUCAUCAUCCCCCAGGAAGACAUGCCCUUCACUGAGGAAGGCCUGUGUCCAGACCUCAUCAUGAACCCUCACGGCUUCCCCUCGCGCAUGACAGUCGGCAAGCUGCUGGAGAUGCUCGGGGGCAAGGCUGCCCUCAUGAACGGGAAGUUCGCUGACGCGACGGCCUUCGCCUCGACGGCGAGCUCAGUGCAGGCGAUCUCGGACACGCUGGUGCUGCAUGGCUAUCACUUCGGGGGGAAGGAGCUGUUGACGUCAGGGAUCACGGGGGAGCCUGUUCCAGCCUACAUCUUCUUCGGGCCUAUCUACUACCAGAAGCUCAAACACAUGGUGCAGGACAAGAUGCACGCCCGACACAAGGGCCCUAGGACUGUGCUGACAAGGCAGCCGACAGAGGGGAGGAGCAAGGAUGGAGGGCUGCGCCUGGGAGAGAUGGAGCGAGACUGCUUGGUGAGCUACGGGAGCUCGGCGCUGCUGCUGGAGAGGUUGAUGAUCUCUUCGGACGAGUUCCAGUGCCACGUAUGCAAGAAGUGCGGGCUGAUCGGAUACCCCGGAUGGUGUCAAAACUGCAAGACAAAUCUUCACAUGUCCAUGAUCCAGAUGCCAUACGCCUGCAAGCUUGUCUUCCACGAGCUUCAAAGCAUGAACAUCGUCCCUCGAUUAAGGCUCGAAGACAUGUAG